AUGACUCAGGGGCGGUCUUGGAGGCCUCCGGAGGGCCCGUACCUGUGUGGGCCACGGUCGGGGCCUGUAAUUUCGCCUCCGCGGGCGGCUGAGUCGCGCUGGGCUCAGGAGCGUUACACCAUGGCUGAAGGACAUGGAGGCGUGCAGCCACCGGCUGAGACACAGUCAAAGAGGAUCAUUAGGGGUCCUUCCCAGGCCCUUCGCUCUCCUUCCACGGUGUCAUUGGCUGGUCGUGUACAGGCUUUCUUAGGCAGCCUUGCUGGAGAUCCAGAGGCCUUGGCCAGUUUCGGCUCUGGCCUGGAUGUGCUCACGCAGCGUUCCACUGCACCUCCUGCCGCCACGUCAGUCGCUCCUUCGGCUUCCACUUCGGGCGUGACCCCAGCUCAUACAACUACGGUGGUGGCCCAAGUCCACGCCCCCGCCCAGGGGGGGGCUGGACAACUUCAUACCCCCUUCCGGGAGGGCUGCAGCUUUAAUCCAGGUUGUGCCUUCGGUGCCCCCUCUUCUUCCGCACCGCUUGUGCAGAAGAAGAAGGUUCGGCCGGCCUGCCGGCCUGCCAAGAAGCAGACCAAGAAGCAGGGGGCUGCUGGGGCGGGGGUGGCUACGCAAUCAGUGGCGUCACCUCCUCCCGCUGCGUUACCUGUUGUCUCUCCUCCGACCGCUGUCGCCCUCGUAAGUCGGGACCAGACUACAACGUCCUCGGCGGAGGACGCAUUGCCAGUUCUGGCUAGGACUUCGCUCGGCGGGAAGCGUCGUCAUUCGAAGAAGUCCAGGAAGAGAGCAAAGCAUCAUAAGGACGACACUUCUACAACCUCUUCAACAGGACCUGCACCUGUGCGCAUCUGGCUGGCGGGCCACUCUACUGUUUACUGGGCCGGCAUCAGGGCCGAUGAAACCGACUUCGGGCGUCAUCUUGGUGUCCCCCAGCAUGUGCAGUGCAUCACCUGCGGUCCUGAAAUGACAGGACGCUGCUUUGGCCCCAGCAUCUGCUGCGGAGAAGAAUUUGGCUGCCUCAUUGACACCCCAGAAACAGCACGCUGCCUGGAGGAAAAUGACCUGCCUGACCCCUGCGCGUCCGGCUGGAAGUGGUGCGGUAAUGAAGGGAGAUGUGCAGUCCCAGGCACAUGCUGCGGUGUCGAGAGCUGCACCGAUGAUGCAGAGUGCUUGCUUCCCUGAAGCCCAUGCGUAGGCAGCCCCCAGAACAUCGGCUUUCCAACUUUUAUUUCAGAACGCCCUCAGAAAAAGAAGAAUCCGAAGAACAGGUGUGGCGAAUUUGAAACUGAUGAAGUAGUGGAUAGGUAUUCUGUUAUUUGAUUACCAAGAACGUUACCUGUGAAAUUAAGUUUGUACCAAUGUUACCAAAAAGCAACCAUUAAGAUUCAAGCCAAUAAAUAUCCAUCUUUAAAGUGUCACAUUAGUAAUCGUCUAUUUCAUUUUCCAGCUAAGGUAUCCAGGAAGCCAGGUGGUGGGGAACUCUUUUAAACUGUCAAAACUGCCUCUUAGAGGAGAUAGGUGAGUUUGUGGCUGAGAGUGCACCAAGGAAGGGGGGUUCUAGUGAAGGGAAACCCUUAUCUGAGUGCACAUAGGAACAGUCUUAUUUAUAGCCCCAAGUCUAUAUAGGUACCUGGUCACGUUUAGGCUGGAAGAGGACUCUCUUUUAUUUUUGAAAACCCACAAGUGCAGAGAGUUUAAAGAAAGGCUAGAGGGGUAAAGUGGGAGGUUUGAUUUACCUCAGAAAUCCCUAUUAGUGCUUUUAAUAAUUGAGAGGUCAGAGUUAUAAGACUGAAAGUGAGAGGGACUUUCGUCGCAACAGGGGUUGGCAAGGUUUACCUUGCCUGGACCGGUUCACUCCAGCAGAGAUCUCUCCUUGGGCCAGUUCGUGAGCGCGCGUGCCCACGAUUUCUGGCGCCCUCAGAAAAAGAAGAGUCUGAAUAAUACCCUAAAUAGCAUAAAGCAGACAUAAAAAUUGGGAGACCAAAAUGUAAAAACACAGCACAUAAUACAACUCUUUUAUUGCGUUGUGUUGCAUGUUUUGUCCUGUGUCAUUUAUGCAGAGAAAUGCUUGAUAUUUUCAAAUACAUGGUGGGGAUACUUUGGGCCCCUUAACGCUGGUGUUUUAUUGCAGCUGUGUUCUGGACACAAAUCUACAUUGGUAGUGGAUUUAGCCUGCUUUAGUUGGUUAGAAUAAUAGCAUCAAGUUGGAAGGGACCAUGUGGGUCAUCUAGUUCAAGAACCUUUUGCAAUGCAGAGUUUUUUUGCCCAGGGUGGGAAUCGAACCCAUGACCCUGAGAUUAAGAGUCUCAUGCUCUAACAACUGAGCUAUGGUUCUAUCUGAACACAUUGCUGCUGUCCAGAGGGGCUGCAGUGUAACAAAGGCACAGUAAAAAAAAUAAACCGGAGCAUUUGUGGAUGAAUGGUUAUGAGAUUUCCGCAGGUAGUGGCAGGAUAUGCCCUGGUGGAUCUAGACAUGGGGGUGGGGGGAGAACCCGAUAUAAAUAAGUCAGGAAUUAGAUCAUAAUAGCAAAAGGGGAAAAAAUCUGCAGAAAAUCAUGUUUUACAUUUUCCUGCUCUCUGGCGCUAUCUGGUGUUGCGUGUAAUGUAUCUGAGUCCCAACCGCGUGUCCACCACAAAACUUUUGCAGGCACAAACAGCAUUGAUAGUGGAAUGGAGUGUGACCACCCUGAUAACAUCAUGUGCACAAUUCAUCAUGUUGUUGUUGUUGUUGUUUAGUCGUUUAGUCGUGUCCGACUCUUCGUGACCCCAUGGACCAUAGCACGCCAGGCACUCCUGUCUUGCACUGCCUCCCGUAGUUUGGUCAAACUCAUGUUCGUAGCUUCGAGAACACUGUCCAACCAUCUUGUCCUCUGUCGUCCCCUUCUCCUAGUGCCCUCAAUCUUUCCCAACAUCAGGGUCUUUUCCAAGGAUUCUUCUCUUCUCAUGAGGUGGCCAAAGUAUUGGAGCCUCAGCUUCACGAUCUGUCCUUCCAGGGAGCACUCAGGGCUGAUUUCCUUAAGAAUGGAUAGGUUUGAUCUUCUAGCAGUCCAUGGGACUCUCAAGAGUCUCCUCCAGCACCAUAAUUCAAAAGCAUCAAUUCUUUGGCGAUCAGCCUUCUUUAUGGUCCAGCUCUCACUUCCAUACAUCACUACUGGGAAAACCAUAGCUUUAACUAUACGGACCUUUGUCGGCAAG